AUGGCGGCAGGAAAUGAUACCUACACUUCAGAAUUUAUUCUCCUGGGACUUUCAGAGGAGCCGAAACUCCAGCCUCUUGUCUUUGUGAUCUUCCUGUCCAUGUACCUGGUCACCGUCCUGGGGAACCUGCUCAUUGUCCUGGCCGUCCUCUCGGCCCCCCACCUCCACACCCCCAUGUACUUCUUCCUCUGCAACCUGUCCCUGGUGGACAUCUGCUUCACCUCCACCACCAUCCCCAAAAUGCUGGCCAACAUCCAGACGCGGAGCCGAGCCAUCUCCUACGCGGGCUGCCUCACACAGAUGUCUUGCUUCAUCCUUUUCGCGGGGUUGGAUGACUUCCUCUUGACAGUGAUGGCCUAUGACCGCUUCGUGGCCAUCUGCCACCCCCUGCACUACACAGUUAUCAUGAACCCCCGCCUCUGCGGGCUGCUGCUGCUGGGGUGCUGGGUCCUGGGCCUCCUGAAUUCUCUGUCUGAAGUCUUGGUGGCAUUGCGUCUGUCCUUCUGCCCUGAGGUGGAGAUCCCACACUUCUUCUGUGAACUCAACCAGGUGGUUAAGCUCGCCUCUUCUGACACGUUUCUUAAUACCGUGGUCAUGUACUGUGCGUCAGUUGUGGUGGGAGGGGGACCAUUGCUGGGCAUCCUUUACUCGUACUCGAAGAUCACUUCUGCCAUCCGUGGCAUGGUGUCAGCUCAGGGCAAGUACAAAGCCUUUUCCACCUGUGCCUCUCACCUCUCCGUGGUGUCUCUGUUCUACGGGACUCUCAUGGGUGUGUACCUGGGCUCUGCUGUCACCCAGAGCUCACAGUCCACGGCCAUCGCUUCGGUGAUGUACACAGUGGUCACACCCAUGCUGAACCCCUUCAUCUACAGCCUCAGGAACAAGGACAUCAAGAGGGCCCUGAAAAUAGUUUUUGUGAGGGGAACAGCCAUAGGGCGAGGUGCUCUGCACUGA